AUGUCACCGAGCUACCUCGACCUCAAGUUCUUCGAGUUCGUUGUCCACAUCAAGGAGGACGGUUCAAAAAGGCUCCUCGAGAAGUUCGCGCAAUAUCUCGCCGGCAGGGAGCCGGCUAGCGCGCACUUGCGGAAGGAAGGCCACAUGUUCCUCCACACUGGCUGGGAGAGGUUCGCUCGCGCCCACAACCUAGAGGCCGGAUGCUUGGUGAACUUCAAGUGGGAAGUCGACGACGAGCUCAGGGUGAAGGUGUUUAACGACACAUCCUGCUAUAGGCACUACCACAGUGACAACAACGACGAAGGCAGCGACGAUGAGCAGUAG